AUGAGGGGCAGCGACCGGGCCGCGGCGGCGCUGCGGCCGCGGGGCCGCGUCUGGCCGGUGUUGGUUGUGCUGGCGGCCGCUGCGGCCGGCUGCGCCCGGGCAGCCAUGGACGAGUGCACGGACGAGGGCGGGCGGCCGCAGCGCUGCAUGCCCGAGUUCGUCAACGCCGCCUUCAACGUGACCGUGGUGGCCACCAACACGUGCGGGACUCCGCCCGAGGAGUACUGCGUGCAGACCGGGGUGACCGGGGUCACCAAGUCCUGUCACCUGUGCGACGCCGGGCAGCCCCACCUGCAGCACGGGGCAGCCUUCCUGACCGACUACAACAACCAGGCCGACACCACCUGGUGGCAGAGCCAGACCAUGCUGGCCGGGGUGCAGUACCCCAACUCCAUCAACCUCACGCUGCACCUGGGAAAAGCAUUUGACAUCACAUACGUGCGCCUCAAGUUCCACACCAGCCGCCCGGAGAGCUUCGCCAUUUACAAGCGCACGCGGGAAGACGGGCCCUGGAUCCCUUACCAGUACUACAGCGGCUCCUGCGAGAACACCUACGCGAAGGCCAACCGCGGCUUCAUCCGGACGGGAGGCGACGAGCAGCAGGCCUUGUGCACAGAUGAGUUCAGCGACAUUUCCCCUCUCACUGGGGGCAACGUGGCCUUUUCAACCCUGGAAGGAAGGCCCAGUGCCUACAACUUUGACAAUAGCCCUGUGCUGCAGGAAUGGGUAACUGCCACUGACAUCAGAGUAACUCUCAAUCGCCUGAACACUUUUGGAGAUGAAGUGUUUAACGACCCCAAAGUUCUCAAAUCCUAUUAUUAUGCAAUCUCUGAUUUUGCUGUGGGUGGUAGGUGUAAAUGUAAUGGACACGCAAGCGAAUGUGUGAAAAACGACUUUGACAAGCUGGUGUGUAAUUGCAAACAUAACACUUAUGGCGUGGACUGUGAAAAGUGCCUUCCUUUCUUCAACGACCGGCCGUGGAGGAGGGCGACCGCCGAGAGUGCCAGCGAGUGCCAGCCCUGUGACUGCAAUGGCCGAUCGCAGGAAUGCUACUUUGACCCUGAACUAUACCGUUCCACGGGCCAUGGUGGCCACUGUACCAACUGCCAGGACAACACAGACGGCGCCAAGUGUGAGAGGUGCAGGGAGAAUUUCUUCCGCCUCGGGAACAGGGAAGCCUGCUCUCCCUGCCACUGUAGUCCUGUUGGUUCCCUCAGUACACAGUGUGAUAGCUAUGGCAGGUGUAGCUGUAAGCCAGGAGUGAUGGGGGACAAGUGUGACCGUUGCCAGCCUGGGUACCAUUCUCUCACUGAGGCUGGGUGCAGGCCAUGUUCUUGCAAUCCUUCUGGCAGCAUAGAUGAAUGUAAUGUUGAAACAGGAAGAUGUGUUUGCAAAGACAAUGUUGAAGGCUUCAAUUGUGAGAGAUGCAAACCUGGAUUUUUUAAUCUGGAAUCAUCUAACCCUCGGGGGUGCGCCCCCUGCUUCUGUUUUGGGCAUUCUUCCGUGUGUACAAAUGCCGUUGGCUACAGCGCCUAUUCUGUAACCUCUGCCUUUGAGACCGAUGAGGAUGGGUGGCGUGCAGAACAAAGGGAUGGCUCUGAAGCAUCAUUUGAGUGGUCCUCCGAGAGGCAGGAUAUUGCCGUCAUCUCAGACAGCUACUUUCCUAGGUACUUCAUCGCUCCUGCAAAGUUCUUGGGCAAGCAGGUGUUGAGUUAUGGUCAGAAUUUCUCCUUCUCCUUCCGCGUGGACAGGCGAGACACUCGCCUCUCGGCAGAAGACCUGGUGCUUGAAGGAGCCGGCCUAAGAGUGUCUGUGCCCUUGAUCGCUCAGGGCAAUUCCUACCCAAGUGAGACCGCUGUGACAUACGUCUUCAGGCUCCAUGAAGCGACAGAUUACCCUUGGAGGCCUACUCUUACCCCUUUCGAAUUUCAGAAACUCCUGAACAAUUUGACCUCUAUCAAGAUUCGUGGGACAUACAGUGAGAGAAGUGCUGGCUAUUUGGAUGAUGUCACCCUGGCAAGCGCUCGUCCUGGGCCCGGGGUCCCCGCAACUUGGGUGGAGUCCUGCACCUGUCCCGUGGGAUAUGGAGGGCAGUUUUGUGAGAUGUGCCUCUCGGGUUACCGAAGAGAAACCCCGAGCCUUGGCCCAUACAGUCCGUGUGUGCUCUGCACCUGCAACGGGCACAGUGAGACCUGUGACCCUGAGACAGGUGUUUGUAACUGCAGAGACAACACGGCCGGGCCCCACUGUGAGAAGUGCAGCGAUGGCUACUAUGGAGACUCGACCACGGGGACCUCCUUCGAUUGCCAGCCCUGUCCAUGUCCCGGGGGCUCCAGCUGUGCCGUUGUCCCUAAGACACAGGAGGUGGUGUGCACCAACUGUCCUACCGGAACGACCGGUAAGAGAUGUGAGCUCUGUGAUGACGGCUACUUCGGAGACCCUCUGGGUAGUAACGGCCCCGUGAGGCUUUGCCGCCUGUGCCAGUGCAAUGACAAUAUCGAUCCCAACGCAGUUGGGAACUGCAACCGCCUGACGGGAGAAUGCCUGAAGUGCAUCUAUAACACGGCCGGCUUCUACUGUGACCGGUGCAAAGAUGGAUUUUUUGGAAAUCCCCUGGCUCCCAAUCCAGCAGACAAAUGCAAAGCCUGUGACUGCAACCCCUACGGAACGGUGAAACAGCAGAGCAGCUGUAACCCCGUGACCGGGCAGUGCGAGUGUCUGCCCCGUGUGACCGGCCGGGACUGCGGCGCUUGUGACCCCGGAUUCUACAACCUGCAGAGCGGGCAGGGCUGUGAGAGGUGUGACUGCCACGCUUUGGGUUCCACCAACGGACAGUGUGACAUCCACAGUGGCCAGUGUGAGUGCCAGCCUGGCAUCACCGGUCAGCACUGUGAGCGCUGCGAGGUCAACCACUUUGGGUUUGGACCCGAAGGCUGCAAACCCUGUGACUGUCAUCCUGAGGGGUCUCUUUCCCUCCAGUGCAAGGAUGAUGGUCGCUGUGAAUGCAGAGAAGGCUUUGUGGGGAAUCGCUGUGACCAGUGUGAAGAGAACUAUUUCUACAAUCGGUCUUGGCCUGGCUGUCAGGAAUGUCCAGCUUGUUACCGGCUGGUGAAGGAUAAGGUUGCUGAUCAUCGAGCAAAACUCCGGGAAUUAGAGAAUCUCAUUGCAAACCUUGGAACUGGGGAUGAGAUGGUGACAGAUCAAGCCUUUGAGGAUAGACUAAAGGAAGCAGAGAGAGAAGUUACCGAACUCCUUCGUGAAGCCCAGGAUGUCAAAGAUGUAGACCAAAAUCUGAUGGAUCGCCUCCAGAGAGUGAAUAACACCUUAUUCAGCCAAAUUAGCCGUUUACAGAAUAUCCGCAAUACCAUUGGAGAGACCGGAAACUUGGCUGAACAAGCACGUUCCCGGGUAGAAAGCACAGAGCAGUUAAUUGAGAUCGCAUCCAGAGAACUUGAGAAAGCAAAGGUUGCCAUCGCCAAUGUGUCAGUCACUCAGCCAGAGUCUACAGGGGACCCCAACAACAUGACCCUUUUGGCAGAAGAGGCACGGAAGCUUGCUGAACGCCAUAAACAAGAAGCUGAUGACAUUGUACGAGUAGCGAAAACAGCCAGUGAUACCUCAGCCGAGGCGUACAGUCUGCUUUUGAGGACGCUAGCAGGAGAAAAUCAAACAGCAUCUGAGAUUGAAGAGCUUAAUAGAAAGUAUGAACAAGCAAAGAACAUCUCCCAGGAUCUGGAGAAGCAAGCUGCCCGUGUACACGAGGAGGCCAAGAAGGCUGGUGACAAAGCGGUGGAGAUCUACGCCAGUGUAGCCCUGCUUACUCCUGUGGACUCAGAAGCACUGGAGAAUGAGGCAAAUAAAAUCAAGAAGGAAGCUGAAGAUCUGGACCGUCUGAUUGAUCAGAAGUUGAAAGAUUACGAGGAUCUCAGAGAGGACAUGAGAGGCAAAGAGUUUGAAGUAAAGAACCUUCUGGAGAAAGGAAAGACUGAACAGCAGACUGCCGACCAACUCCUCGCCCGAGCUGAUGCUGCCAAGGCUCUUGCGGAAGAAGCUGCCAAAAAGGGACGAAACACCUUACAAGAAGCCAAUGACAUUCUCAACAACCUGAAAGAUUUUGAUAGGAGAGUGAAUGAUAACAAGACGGCUGCAGAGGAGGCCCUAAGGAGAAUCCCUGCCAUCAACCGGACCAUAAUUGAAGCCAAUGAAAAGACCAGGGAAGCUCAGCAGGCGCUGGGCAAUGCUGCCGCAGAUGCCACCGAGGCCAGGAACAAGGCCCACGAGGCGGAGAGGAUCGCCAGCGCUGUCCAGAAGAACGCUACCAGCACCAAGGCAGAAGCUGAAAGGACUUUUGCAGAAGUUACAGAUCUGGAUAACGAGGUGAAUAAUAUGUUGAAACAACUACAGGAAGCAGAAAAAGAGCUGAAGAAAAAACAAGAGGAUGCUGACCAGGACAUGAUGAUGGCAGGGAUGGCUUCACAGGCUGCUCAGGAAGCCGAGAUCAAUGCUAGAAAAGCCAAAAACUCUGUUACCAACCUCCUCAACCUUAUUAAUGACCUCCUGGAGCAGCUUGGGCAGCUGGACACAGUGGACCUGAACAAGUUAAAUGAGAUUGAAGGCACCCUGAACAAAGCCAAAGAGGAAAUGAAAGUCAGUGAUCUCGACAGGAAGGUGUCCAACCUGGAGAACGAAGCCAGGAAGCAGGAGGCUGCCAUCCUGGACUAUAACCGAGACAUCGAGGACAUCCUGAAGGACAUCCGAAACCUGGAGGACAUCCGGAAGACCUUACCCUCCGGCUGCUUCAACACCCCGUCCAUUGAGAAGCCCUAG